GCGAAAAGCGCGCACGGGUGACGUCACUUCGUACGGGACUCCGCCAGGGGGGGAGUCGCGCGCUGACGGCGUCGCCAUGGAGCCGAGGGAGGGUGUUUCCAAACAAGACAUUCGUGAGCAGAUUUGGGACUACAUGGAGUCGCAAAAUUUAGCUGAUUUUCCCCGGCCUGUUCAUCACAGGAUUCCCAACUUCAAGGGUGCUUCUCGGGCUGCUGAGCAUUUCCCACGCUUACAGGCGUUCAAAAUGGCCAGAACCAUUAAAGUCAAUCCUGACGCUCCCCAGAAAAAUGCCCGCUUCUUCGUCCUGGACAGCAAAAAAACGUUGCUGGUUCCAACACCACGACUGAGAACGGGGUUGUUUAAUAAGAUCAUACCACCCCCCGGGGCAACGAAAGAUGUCUUGAGAAGAUGUGCCACCUCUGAGGGUGUGAGGAACCACAGCGCUCCCGUGGGCUUGGAUUCCAGGGUCCUUGUGGACUUGGUGGUGGUGGGGUCCGUGGCUGUUUCUGAAAAAGGCUGGAGAAUUGGAAAGGGAGAAGGCUAUGCUGACCUUGAAUACGCCAUGAUGGUGUCGAUGGGAGCAGUCGGCCCGGGGACGCCAGUGGUCACCAUCGUCCACGACUGCCAGGUUGUCAACAUACCUGAAACACUCCUUGAGGAUCACGACCUCACAGUGGACUAUAUCCUCACCCCAACGCGAGUUAUCACCACAGGGUGUGAGCGCCCUAAGCCAGCGGGAAUCACAUGGUCCAAGAUCAGCUGGGAGAUGCUGGGGAAAAUCCCAAUUCUCAGAAGCCUGCGCUGCAGAGAGGAGCAGGCUGGGAAGGAUGUCACCCUUCGGGAUGAGCCCCGGCACCUUCCGGCCACCCCAAGCAUCGUCAGAAAGCCGCGGGGCCUGCCCCCGCCAGAGCUGGGCUCCGGGCAGGUGGAGGAUGCGCCUUCCAACACUGUUUAUGUCGGGAACCUCCCACGGAACGCCCGAGUGAGCGAGCUGAAGACAGCCCUCGGCGUGCUGGGUGUGGCACCCCUCCGGCUCACCUGGCAGGGGCCACAGCGCAGGGCCUUCCUCCACUACCGGGAUGCCGCCUCGGCCCAGCGGGCCCUCUUGUGCCUGCAGGGCUUCCACCUGGGCGCCAAUGCCUUGAAGGUGGCACGGGCCAGGCAGCAGAGGGCCAGUGAUCUGGUGGGUGGCCAUGCUGAAGAGCCACACCCUGACCAUCGCCCUAGCAUCGCUGACCCAUGACCAUGUUUCGCUCUGGUCCCCAGCGAACUUCGCAGCCAGCACAGCAGGAUGUGGUGGAGCGAGUGCUGCGUGGCCUACUUUGAGUUCAAGCCUUUCUGGGGAAUUGGCUCCAGUUACUGCCCUGCAGUCUUCAGAGGAGCAGGGAAGUCAGCCCAUAAUGCACGUCCCACCUUCUGGAGCCAGAAAGCUCCACGUCCAGGUUCUGGUUUUCCUUGGUCCUACAGCCUGUUGGAUGUCACAGCCCUGCUGGUUUCUUGGUUUAGGGGACAGAGUGGGCAAUAAACAAGUAGAAAAUGGCGGCAGCAAUUUAGAGGAAUCUGAAUUCUGGAUUUGCAAGGCGCAGAGGAUUAAGGGAUGGUGGAUGGAGGAUCCGGACGGGGAGGCCCAGAUGUAGGAGCACGGAGGGGCAAAACCAGGAGGCACCUUGUGUUCCUGAUUCCUUGGCCUGGCACUGCUGGAGGGGGAAAGGUACAUUCAGGUCAGAGAAGCCCGGUGGUUCAGUUCCCUGGGUACAAACUGCUUGUCACAUCUUAGUGCUGGUGUUGGACAUGGAGGCUGGUCUGACAUGGCCCCUUGGCUGUGUGGUCUCACCUUUGUCCCUUCCUUACCUUCCCAGCCGGGCUACUUCCUCUGGGUGAGCACCCCUGCUCUCGGCCAGCUGCCCUUGCACAGCAGGGAGCUCUGUCCUAGGGGACCCUGGCUUUGGAAAACAGAUUGUCCCGGCCUAUAUCACAGGCGAGGCCAGAUGUUCACACUCCUGCUUGCCCCCCGCCAUAUGAUUUCUGGGUCUUUUCCUCCAGUUCUCUGUUCCUAAAAAGCAAGCUGGAUUUUGGCAGAACAGUGCUUUCUAACCAGAAGUGCUUUUGCAAUUAAUGCUAGACAAAAAGUCAAAAUAAGCAUUUAUGUGGAGAUUUCAUUUAUUCAAAUGUAUAUGCAUUGGAAAUUUUUAUUUUUUCACCAAGGGUCUUACUGAGUGUGUUUUAAGCCCAUUACUAUGUCUCAAGAGGCCAGCCUUGCCCACACAGUGAAGAAAAUGUUCUCUAGGCACUCAGUCUCCCUUUGGAAAGAGAAUCAGUCCUUAGGUUUGCUUAUUAAAUGCAGACUUUCCACGUUGUCAUGAACAAAA